UCUGGUCCUUCUCUCAUCUUGUAGGGUGCUCCACACUACUCUGUGCAAACAUUGUCACGCAAUGGCUAGAGCUGCCCCGUUCCCCGUUGCUUUGUUGUUGUGCCUUGCAUUGGCAUGUGGGGCUGAUGGGGCGCGGAAGACGGUUGGGGUCUACGAGCUCAAGAACAAGAAGGGAGAUUUCUCCAUCAAGGUCACCAACUGGGGAGCCACCCUCAUGUCUGUCAUCGUUCCUGACUCCAAAGGGAACCUGGCUGAUGUCGUCCUUGGGUAUGACACCCUUGCAGAAUACGUGGACGGUUCUUCUGCCUUCGGAACUGUGGUUGGACGAGUAGCCAACAGAAUCGCCAAUGGCAGCUUUGUUCUUGAUGGAAAAACCAUCCAUCUGAACAAAGACGGCACGACUGUACUUCACGGUGGCCACAGGGGGUUCAACAGAGUCAUCUGGACGGUGAAGGAGUACGUGCCCAGUGGUGACUCCCCAUACAUCACCCUCUACUACCGUAGCUUCAACGGGGAGCAAGGAUUCCCUGGCGACCUGGACGUGUACGUGACCUACCAGCUGUCCAGCCCGUACCACCUGAGCGCCCGGAUGAACGCGACGGCGCUGAACAAGGCGACGCCGGUGAACCUGGCGAACCACGCGUACUGGAACGUGGGCGGCCACGGCAGCGGCGACGUCCUGGGCCAGGUCAUCCAGGUGCUGGCGUCGCGGUACACGCCCGUGGACCGGUCCAUGAUCCCCACGGGCGAGGUCGCGCCGGUGUCCGGCACGCCCUACGACCUGCGCGCGCCGACGCCGCUGGGGUCCCGCGUCAGGCUCGUCUCCGGCGCCGGCAUGGCCGGGUUCGACAUCAACUACGCGGUGGACGGCUGGGACGGGGACGGCGGGCUCCGGAAGGUGGCCGCGGUGCGGGACCCCGCGUCGCGGCGGGCGCUGGAGCUGUGGGCGGACCAGCCCGGGGUGCAGCUCUACACCAGCAACUGGCUGAGCGGCGUGAAGGGCAAGGGCGGCGCGGUGUACGGGCAGUACGGCGCGGUGUGCCUGGAGACGCAGGGGUUCCCCGACGCCGUGAACCACCCCAACUUCCCCUCGCAGAUCGUCAGGCCUGGGCAGGUGUACAGGCACCACAUGGUCUUCAAGUUCUCGUUCUAGCGCCGAAGGAUCUUGCGUGUUGCGUUGCAAACUUGUAAUAAGGCCACUGUACCAGAACGUGGUGUCGUUGCUAGAGCUAGAAGCUUCUCGUGUAUGCUGCCGAAAAGAGCACGGACUUUGUUCGUCAGUACCAGUGUUUGUGAUCCU